AUAAGAAAGAAAGAAAAAAGAAAAAACCAUGAAACAACAGAAAAGCGAAAAAGAUCCCAUCUUCUUGGGCGCCAGUAACAUGGCUCCCCAUCAAUAAGAAGAAAAAUGAGUACACCCUCCCUGUCAUGACACAAAUUUUCUUGCUGUAUUUUCUCUGACCAUCCCCAUCACAGCCUAGUUCAAUCUUAUUCAUUGGAACUUUCCAAACAUAAUCUCGACGAACCCAUUUGUGAUUUGGGAAAAAAGAAAUUCAGAAUCUUUGAUCUUAUCUUGAAACCACUUGCCUUAACUAAUGUGAUUUUGGUUUACCUGCUCAAACAUUGUCCGUCCAUUCAUCUAAUACUAAUUCUUGUGUUCUGCUCCAAUAAUUUGUUGCAAAAUCGUGAUUCUUGGAAGGAUCGUUUCUGAUCUCAUUUCUUAUUUUGUUUCUUUUCCGAAUUGUAUUUGGGGUCAUUGUCAUACAUUGAUACCUUCUCUGCAUAGGUUAAUGGUUUGAAUGCAACAUGUGAAUCCUGAGGCUGGUUUUAAGGGGGAAGAUCUUGAUGGGUUGUGAAAGAAGAACCUCGCACAUCAUCUACACCAUCUUCUUUGUCUGGUUUUUGUUGUUUUCCAGGGUUCAUGGGUCAAGAAGCCAUGAUCCUGAGUCCUUAGAAGCAUCGAUUCACAAUUACGCAAUGGAAGCAUUAGUAAAGCGACGUACAGGUACUCUGUUAAAUGUUUCUCUGCCUGCAAAUUUCUCUGGCAUACAAGCCUCAGUUGUUAGAUUAAGAAGCAGUAGUUUGUGGGAAAAAGGAGUCAAUUUUACUUCCUUCUAUAUUCCACCAAGGGUUAUUCCAUUCCCAUUUGGCAGGAGAGUUGCUAUUGUAUAUCAUAACUUGGGGAAUUGGUCUUCUUAUUACUACGAAGUCCCUAAUUAUUCUUUAGUUGCUCCUGUUAUUGGUUUCGUGGCUUAUGAUGCUUCAAAUUUAAGUGCAUUAGGCAAUGAAACGCUCAAAUUCAGCGCCCUGGGUUCACCCAUUGUAGUCAGUUUUCCCAAUACUGGGAUUGGGGCAUUAAAAAAUGGCAAUGCAGAACUGAAAUGUGUCAAAUUUAAUGACGGUGGUUUGGUCCAGUUCAGGAACUUAACUGAGGGAAGAUGCCUUACACAAGGCGAUGGCCAUUUUUCCAUUGCUAUUCCUUCUUCAGAAAGCAAGAAAAAAAAGAGUUGGGCUUGGCGGGUGAUAGGAUUUGCAGCUGGAUUUAUAGGACUGGUUUUGGUGGUGGUGAUUAUGAUCACAGCCUAUAAACUAGUGAGGAGUAAGAAAAUUAGAGAAAUGGAAGGAGAAUCAGAAAAAGGGGUGGCUUUUGACACAAAAUGGAUUGGGAGGAGUAAAAUGCCUUCUGCUUCAAUGGUUAGGACCCAGCCAGCCCUUGAGCACGGUGACAUUCCUUGAGUUGCAUUUCAGUUUCUUUGUCCAUGUUCUUUUGUUCUCCCUUUAUCCAAUUAUUAUUAUUAUUAUUAUUAUUAUUAUUUAACAGAAGUUCUGAUUUUUGGAUUGAUCAAA